CUGCAGAACUCAUUGGAUAACCGAAGAAAUAUGGCAAUCGUUCACAAUUUCGUUUGGGGCAAGGGUACCAAGUGUACCGGUGCAAAAGACAUGGUUCAAGGCUUCCCCUUCAAGACUUCAAGAGUGCGAGGACCUGCAUUGCCAACAGCGGCGACAGAGGUCGCGGACAAGCUGCGGACUCGAUUCAUAAUAAUAUUGAAUGCAAACCAAUACGCUUCCGCCAUCCUCUGGUGAGCGCUGCGUGACACUUGCGCACAUUAUCAAGUCCACCACCAUCAAGGCAUUAUCUGCUACCCCUGCCACCUCUACUGACCACCAGGAAAGCAUGAACACAACCGGAUACCCCACAUCAAAAGAAACUUCCAUGGGCGAUAUUCCCUAUAGACGCCAGCGACGACCGCGAAGCCGGUUGCUUCAUGGCACCGGUUUAUCCCUGCUGCUUCUCAUUGGUGGGCUACCGUUGGAUACCCCAGUGCUGGCCACUUCGCCACCGGGUACAGUUCCCUGUGACAAUCAAGUUGACAGCGCUACCUGCACAUCCGCAGUGGGUCCUGGGUCGGAGUGUAUCAAUGGACUCUGCAGUAAUCCAUUUGUCAGUGGAUGCUUACGUGCCCUGCUAGGCCAGGAUACCCAACCUCCAAACGCUAGCGAUGAUAAUGCCUCGGAUAGCUCCUCAAAUGACAGUAAUAUUGAGAGUGGUGAAGCUCAAACAGCCGAUCCCCAACGCACGCUGCGAGUUUGCAACUCCCAAGAUGACGAGGAAACCAUAGCCAACAAUCUAUGCAUCCCUUCUCCCCUGGACUACAUGGAAAUCCGCAUUCUUACGGGCAACUGGGAAUCAUCACUGCUGACUGCUUGGGCCAUGCAGAUUGUCCUCAGUGAAUGGAUGCAGGUACCAACCAGUAUCGAGUCCUCGAGCCCAGACCGAAUGGGCAACUUUUACCAUCGCUACAAUCAGUUCCAGUACGGGCAGACCGCAUACGACUAUAAUGCUCUGGAAGUUGCCAAUGAGGUGGGAGACUGUCGUUUCCUGGACAACGCGGAUGUCAAUGAUGAACUCUUUCUACAGGUAUCGGGAUCACUGGUCGACCUUCCUGAAGAUGAUUCCGGUUACUUGCCCUGCGCUCACGUCAUGCCUGAAGUUUGGAAUGGACAAGCAGAGAAUCUGUGGGAACUCACCAAACGACGCGCCAUUGAAGCCCCGGAGGGGAACGGAGUGGUGGGCAAAAUGACAUGGUUCAUACCCAAGUAUGUGGCAGAAGCCCAUCCUUCCUGGGCCCACUAUUCGGGUUGGCUCAACCAAACGACCAUUGCGUCCGUGUUCCAUCAACCCCUCACAUGGCUUUCAUACUGCCAAAUUGUGUCACCCGACAUGUGCCAAACACCUGACCCUGUGGCCUCACGAUUACCGACAGAGGACGAAGAGGGGUUCUUCUACGAUGUAGCGGGUGACGGAGCAGGAUUCAAAGGGUUCUUUUUGAAGACAGACGACAAUCAGUGCCAUGGCAACAAUACACAGUGCAAAGGACAUUUCACCGACUUUCCAUGUGAUUGGUCCUCCUUUGCCGUACCGCAAGCUUAUCAUCUGGGCAUUGCAGUAGAGUCCAAAGGAUUGGUGGGCCCUAAUCGUGGAUACACCUACGGAGAGAAACUGCAGAUUUGGCAAGCAGCCAACGCUACAAAACAGAACGUGGUCAUGAAUUGGUAUAGUCCAGAUCCGACAUAUCAAUGGUACAGGGGAACAGAGGCUGAAUUCCAAGAAGUGCAGUUACCGCCGCCCUCUCCCAAUUGCGUUCGACAUCGAGUUUCCGUGGAAGAACGGUGCAGCGAGAACUUGGAGGACCGAGUGGGUGCUCCAGAAGGAGCUUGUGGAGCAGAAACGCAAACGUUGGAAAAAGUUGUCGUUCGAAAUCUCUAUGAUACAAUCUACCACCUCGAUAAGGAGCACAAACAAAACAACCUCCGCCGAGGAUCUAGUAGUUUGAAGGAUGAAUUCGAUGAGGACACGAGGAAAGAAGAGUCCGCGAGGAGUCCAGCCUAUGAGGCAGUCAAAAAUUUCCACUUGAGUGAAUUUGACAUUGGCAAAAUGUUUGAAGACUGGAAAGUCCGAUUGAGAGAACGCGGUCACAACGGAUACUCAACAUUUGAAGGCACCACCGGUGCGGAUCCUCGGCAUGUAGUUUGCCAAUGGGUAGCUGACAAUGCCGAACACUUGCAAACAUUUGUGCCCAUCACCUACCCGCGAAUCUUGAAAGAAGAAGACCCUUAUAAUGGCAAUGCCGUGUCUUGGAUUGCCGUGUCAUUCGGGAUAUUUGUGACAAUCUGCGUUGUUGGGAUGGGCGCGCUUACCUACGCUCUGCGGAAAACAGAACCCUUCCUAGCAGCCCAGCUACCGUUCCUGUACAUGGUAUUGCUUGGUCUGUUGGUGAUAAGUAGUGGUGGUAUUUUGUAUGCUCUACCACCAGGGAGUGGAACUUGCGUGGCACGCAUUUGGCUGAUUACAAUGGGGUACACACUGGAAAUGGUGCCGCUGAUUGUCAAGAUAGGAGCCAUCAGUAAGAUGCUUCAGGCAGCAACGAAAAUGCGACGUGUAACGAUUAAACGAGAGCGCUUGUUUGGCGCCGUUGGAGGAAUCUGUCUCGUGGUCGCUGUCUAUUUGACAGCUUGGACUAUUGUGGACGCUCCUACGAAAGGACGGCAAUUGACUCUGCAGUUGGACGAUUCUAGCGACGAAAUCUACGAAGCAAAUGAUCCAUCAAGGGCUUGGUGGCAGGUUCCCGCCACACCCAUCAACGUCUCUCAUUACUGUCGCUCGUCGGGCUCGUCUGCAUGGUUUACGAUCAGUCUCGUUUGGCAGUUUCUGCUCUUGCUCAGUGCCGCCAUCCUGGCAAUGCAAACCAGACGAAUCCAAAAGCGAUGGAACGAGUCGAGGUCGUUGGCAAUAAUGAUCUACACUCAAGCUGGUUUUGUUAUUUUGCGACUCCUGGUGUGGCUGCUCGAGGAACCGUCUGGAGUGUCCGCGCAGCUGUUGGACAUGUUUCGUAGCUUUUUGUUCAGUUUGGAUGCCCUCAUGGCCCUUUGCAUCUACUUUGGUUCCAAAUUGGUCGCCGUCUAUAAGCAUAUCGACUUCAACGAUGGAGCACUGAGCUCGAGGGGGAGCAGACCAUUCAGUACAGCUCUCACAACCGAAGACAGCAAGCGGCGCUUGGGCGUGGAUGAGAGAAGCGCCUUCUACUCCGGCUUGACAGCUCCACUUGCAGCACGAUACAGCCUGGAAAAUGCGAAGACGGUCAGUCAGUACCUUGCCGCCAUCGGACAACCAAUUCAAUCAACCUACAUGAAACCAUUUGAAUCCAAUCGUCAGUUGGCUAUGGGGCCUACGUCAUGUUACGCUGGAGACAUUAUCUUGUCAAAGGCAUCAUCAAAAAAGCUCUGUGCAGCUGCGGAUACGCCUCAGAUCUGCCCACAUUGUAAUAAGGGCUACCAUGACGUUAUUCAAUCGACAAAUGGAUUGAUAGUUGAACCCAAGGAUGACAUCGGGGUGGGCACUACUGGGUCGGGGCGCCGAAGUGAGCUGAUGAGACUUAUUCCAGUGUCCGAAGAGACUGAAGAAACCUAUGAAGAUUGCAAGGAAUUGGGGUUGAAUGUUCAGCCAAAUGGAGAUGAACGGCAUCAACUCGUGCACGACGAGACAGAAGCAACCAAGGAAGAAACGGAAGCAACCGCUUCGGACGGGUCUCCGCUCACGUGCCCUGCCGGGAGAUAGUUCCACGAGAUACUAAUUAGGGAGAAGAGUCGAGUCAUAUGGUUGCUUUUGCGGCCUCAGCCUCUGUCAACGUUUGAUAGGCUUGGACUUGGAAGGAAGAUUGCAUCUAGCUAGACCAGUAGAUGCUCUGUAAGUUAUGUAAGAAAAGGAUCAAUCUGU